CGACGCGACCCUUCUUCGUUGCCGCCGCGCUGCCGCCGCCACCCCCGCCGCCGCCGCUGCCGCAGUCUGAGAGAAGCCGUCGCGGCCGCUCCUGCCGCUCCCUCCGGCCACCAUGUCCGCCCAGGCGCAGAUGCGGGCCCUGCUAGACCAGCUCAUGGGCACGGCCCGGGACGGUUCAGUGUAUCUUUGCCUGCCUACAUCAAUCUGCAAGGGAGUUGCAGAAAAGCCUCAUGUUCAUCGAGCCGAGACGAAACCAGACAGAGGGUCAAGUUUACAGAUGACCGUGUCUGCAAGAGUCACCUUCUGGACUGCUGCCCCCACGACAUUCUGGCUGGGACGCGCAUGGAUUUAGGAGAAUGUACCAAAAUCCACGAUUUGGCCCUCCGAGCAGAUUAUGAGAUUGCAAGUAAAGAAAGGGACCUCUUUUUUGAAUUGGAUGCGAUGGAUCACUUGGAGUCCUUUAUUGCUGAGUGUGAUCGGAGAACUGAGCUUGCCAAGAAGCGGCUGGCAGAGACGCAGGAGGAGAUCAGUGCAGAAGUUUCCGCAAAGGCAGAAAAAGUACAUGAGUUGAACGAAGAAAUAGGGAAGCUUCUUGCUAAAGCUGAACAGCUAGGAGCUGAAGGAAAUGUGGAUGAAUCCCAGAAGAUUCUUAUGGAAGUGGAGAAAGUCCGUGCAAAGAAAAAAGAAGCUGAGGAAGAAUACAGGAAUUCCAUGCCUGCAUCCAGUUUUCAGCAGCAGAAGCUGCGUGUUUGUGAAGUCUGUUCAGCCUACCUUGGUCUCCAUGACAAUGACCGUCGUCUUGCAGACCACUUCGGGGGCAAGUUACACUUGGGGUUCAUUCAGAUCCGUGAGAAGCUCGAUCAGUUAAGGAAAACUGUGGCUGAAAAGCAGGAGAAGAGAAAUCAGGAUCGGCUGAGGAGGAGAGAGGAGAGGGAGCGGGAAGAACGACUGAGCAGGAGGUCUGGAUCAAGAACCAGAGAUCGCAGGAGGUCGCGCUCCCGGGACCGGCGUCGGAGGCGGUCAAGAUCUAUCUCCAGAGAGCGGCGGAAGUCGUCCCGGUCCCGGUCCCGAGACAGACACCGGCGCCACCGAAGCCGUUCCCGGAGCCACAGCCGGGGCCACCGCCGGGCAUCCAGGGACCGGAGUUCGAAAUACAAGUUCUCCAGAGAGCGGGCCUCAAGGGAGGAGUCCUGGGAACGCGGGCGGAGUGAGCGGGGGGCCACCGACUGGAGGCUCGAGAGCACCAAUGGAAAGACUGCGUCACGGAGGUCGGAGGAAAAGGAGGCCGGCGAGAUCUGAACCCACGCCCAGGCGCUGUAAAUAGUCCGAUACAUGUUUGACACAGCCUAACGUUACCCUUUAUAUUUGCUGAAUACAACUCAUCUUUUGUAGUUUACCAUUUCUAUUGUUUUGGAGCUAGCUGUGAGUUUCUCGAGAUGUACAGAGUUGCUCCUGUGUUCUGGGUUAUGUCAAGUGGGAAUAAAUAGCCUGACAGACUGCUUCCUGA